AUGACGGAGUCCUUGUUAGAUCAGGCCUUGGACCAGAUUAAGCGAGGGCGGACCAAUGAAGGGUUCAGAGCCUGGGAAGCACUUUUCCCCAAGCUCUGCGAGGAAGAAGGCUUGAUAUAUGGUCUAGCUAUGAAGAUUGAGCUCGUCGAGGCACUGAGACGGACGGAACAUAAACUCGCCAAAAGAACUUGCCAGGAGAUCUUGAACCAGAUUUAUGAGAACGAGGAUAAGAAUCACUUGUCCAAGGAUGCGAAUUGGGACACGCUAAGCAAUCUCGCAUGGGAAAUCUAUGACAUGUUGAGCGGAGACGAGGUGUUGGAUCCGAGUGACGCAUCUAUCCAAGUUGUUCAAGACGAGGUUCAACCUGCAAGUCCACGGAAGCUCCAGCCUAUGCUGGCAUGGCCAAAGAUGCCGCGGAACGUCAUCAGCACCGAGGCCCUACGCGAAUUUGGUUUGAAUCACGAGGUUCGCAACGACAAUGUCAUCAUAUUCAGCAUCCUGACCGAAGAUGAAGUAACGGACCUGGUCCUGCGCAGCAUCGAGAUCCGUCGAGAGCGUUCUCUAGCGCAACGUACCCAUGCCCCAGUCUCUGUCGGGAGCAGACCCGGCCCUUCGAAAUAUUUGGACUUCUCGCCUAGCCAGAGACCACAAGCAGGAAACAGUGAGGCGUUCAGGGAUGAAUCACCAGCCGUUUCUGAAGAAGUACUGAACCACCUGGGUCCAGGAACACCUUUGGGGAUAAAACAGGCUUCACAGGGAACUGGAUUAUCGAGAUCGGCCCUGGACAUUAAUGGGGUUCUCUUAACACUAAACUCGUCUAUUCAAAACAGUGACAUUUGGUUGAACAACUUCUCUACCACUCAGCAGCGUUUGAAAAGUGAUCUUGGGCCGCACCCUCAAUGCGGCAGGAAAAUCAAGAUUGCGAUUCUUGACACUGGAUGCAACAUAGAUGAUCCGUACUUUCUCAGCAACGGUAUGGAUCGGGUGGAAGGACUAAAAGACAGCUGGCACGACAUGUUGGACGAAUCUCCGACACCGGUUGACUUAGACGCCGGAAAGCACGGGACCGCUCUUGCUAUUCUGCUCUUGCAGCUCGCUCCAGACGCCGAGGUGCACGUCAUUCGCAUUGCACGGGACUCAAGCCAGAUAGACUCGGCAAAGGCAGCCGUUGAGGAGGCAAUCCGCCUUGCAGCAGAUGAAAAAGACGUGGACAUCAUCUCUAUGUCAUUUGGAUUCCAGAAGGACAUCGGCGUGAUCCAGAGCGCUCUCACAGCAGCGGAGAUCAAGAAGGAUCACAAAAUACUCUUCUUCGCUGCGGCGAACAACGACGGGCUCAACGACCCGGAAAGGUAUCCAGCUCGGUCCGAAGCUGUCAUAUCAGUCCGCGGAACAGACCACGCUGGCAUCAUGGUUGGGCAGUACAACCCUGGAAACUGGGAGCAAAAUCCAGGAGAUCAGUUGUGUACUCUAGCCAAGAAUGUCCCCUGCGGCUUUCUUGCUCCCAAGUCGGGUUGCUCAGUUGCGACGCCUAUUCUUGCGGCGAUUGCGGCAAACAUAAUCGCAUUUGUAGACUGCAGCAGCCAUUUUUCGGAAGACGAGAGGGCAAUCGUCCGACAACGAAGAGGGAUCCUCCAGGUGUUCAGAGAGAUGGCCCGAUUUCAAAGGCCAGCAGCAGACAGGUUAACCUUUUGA